AUGUUCCAGCCUCUACAACUAUGACUCAGUGGUAUUGGAGGAUGUUGCCGUGGUUUUUAGCCAGGAAGAAUGGGCUUUGCUGGAUCUUGCUCAGAGGAAACUCUACAGAGAUGUGAUGAUGGAAACCUUCAGAAACCUGGCCUCAAUAGUCUCUCAAAACCUUAAUGAAGGAGAAAAGUUAUCUAGUGAACAUAUAAUGGUACGAUUCAUGAAGAAUAACACCUGGUCCUCCGUGUUAGGAGAAAUCUCUGAAUUGCAUGGGAAUAAACACCAGCAGAAAAACCAGAGGAGACAUUUGAGAAGUCGUGUAGUAGAGAACCUCUGUGAAAGUAAUGAAGGCAAUCAGUGUGGGAAAACCUUCAGCCGGAUUCCAAAUCUUACUGUGCUAAAAAGAAAUUCUCCAGAAGUAAAUCUUUUUGCAUGCUCAGAGUGUGGAAAAGCUUUCGUGGAUCACUCAUCAUAUAAGCAUCACACAAGAUCUCACACUGGAUGCAAUGCCCGUCAGUGUAAGGAAUGUGGAGAAGCCUGCAGCUGUCCCUCUCACCUUACCACUCCUAUGAGAACUCAUAAUGGAAAGAAACCCCAUAAAUGUAAGUCAUAUGGGAAAGACUUCAUUUGUUUCUCAACCCUUAAGAAUUCUGUGACAUCAGUCACUGGUGAGAAACGCUAUGAAUGUAAUGAAUGUAAGAAACAUUUUUGUACUUUCUCAUCCUUUUGUACACAUGUGAGAGAUCAUAAGCGUGAGCGUAAAGAAUAUUGUAAAACCUACAGUCGUCCUUCAUCCUUCAUUUUACAUAAAAAAUUUCAUAACACAGGUAUGCCUUAUCAAUGUAAGGAAUGUGGAAAAGCCUUUAGUAAGGCAUCGUCCCUCACUACACAUACAAGAACACACAGUGGAGAGAGGCCUUAUGAAUGUAAACAAUGUGGAAAAGCCUUUAGUCGGUCAUCACACCUCACUACACAUAUAAGAACACACAAUGGGCAGAGGCCUUAUGAAUGUAAGGAAUGUGGGAAAGCCUUUACUUGUUCCUCACACCUGACUACACAUAUAAGAACUCACAUUGGAGAGAGGCCCUGUGAAUGUAAGGAAUGUGGGAAAGUCUUUAGUGAUUCCUCAAACCUCUCUACACAUAUGAGAACUCAUUGUAGAGACAGGUCUUAUGAAUGUAAAGAAUGCGGAAAAGCCUUUAUGCAAGUCUCACAUCUCACUAAACAUGUAAGAACUCACAGUGGAGAGGGGUCUGACGAAUGUACAGAAUGUGAGGAAGUCUUUAGGCGAGCCACAUACCUCACUAAACAUGUAAGAACACACAGUGGAGAAAGGCGUUACGAAUGUCAGCAAUGUGGGAAAGCCUUUAGUGAUUGCUCAGCCCUCGUUAAACAUAUAAGAACUCACACUGGAGAGAGGCCCUAUGAAUGUAAAGAAUGUGGGAAAGCCUUUAGUGAUUCCAGAGUUCUCACUACACAUAAAAGAACUCACACUGGAGAGAGGCCCUAUGAAUGUAAGGAAUGUGGGAAAGCCUUUAGGCAAGACUCACACCUCACUAAUCAUAUAAGAACUCACAGUGGAGAGAGACCUUAUAAAUGUAAGGAAUGUGGGAAAACCUUUAGGCGAGCCUCAAACCUAACUAUGCAUAGAAGAACUCACAGUGGAGAGAAACCUUAUGAAUGUAAAGAAUGUGGGAAACUCUUUACUCGUUCCUCACUGCUCACUAAUCAUAAAAGAACUCACAGUGGAGAGAGACCUUAUGAAUGUAAGGAAUGUGGGAAAGCCUUUACGCAGCACUCAGCCCUCACUACACAUACAAGGACACACAGCGGAGAG